AUGUUCAUCGGAGAUUUCGCCGACAAGGCCGGCAGGAGACCAGCAUACGUUGUAUGCUUCACACUUUAUACGGCCGCCAAUAUCGGCUUGGCUUUACAAGAUAGCUAUGCUGCAUUAUUCGUUCUUCGCUGUUUACAAAGUGCCGGAAGCAGCACCACUAUUGCUCUCUCCUCCGGCGUUGUCUCUGAUGUCGCAACUGUAGCCGAAAGAGGCUCAUACAUGGGGUUUGUUACAGCAGGUUCGCUCUUAGGUCCCUCCGUCGGUCCUGUCAUUGGAGGUCUGUUAGCUCAGUAUCUGGGAUGGAGGGCGAUUUUCUGGUUUCUCGUGAUUUUUUCUGGGGCCUUCAUGGUUCCCUUCUUGGUCUUCUUUCCUGAGACUGCUCGUGGUGUGGUCGGUGAUGGAUCGAUACUUCCUCAGAAAUGGAACAUGUCCUUGAUUAGCUACCUUAAAUCUCGCAAAGCUGGAGAGGAGGAAGAAGGAUCUUCGACGACUUUGAAAAAGCAGAAGCUUGGCUUUCCAAAUCCGUUUCAGACCCUUGCUAUUGUCUUUCAAAAGGAUACUAGUAUCAUUUUGCUCUGCAAUGCGAUUCUGUUUGCAGGCUUCUAUGAUGUUAGCGCGACAAUUCCAUCAAUCUAUAAUGAGUUGUAUGGACUUGAUGAUCUUCAGAUUGGUUUAUGCUAUAUUCCAUUUGGUCUCGGGGCUACCAUUGCAUCGAUACUGAAUGGCAAAUUCCUAGACUUUAACUAUCGCCGCCUCGCAAAGCGAUUGGACUUCCCAUUAGUGAAGAAUCGCUUCGUCGAUCUGCAAAAGUUUCCUAUCGAGAAAGCACGUCUCGAAAUCGCGUUCCCAUUGUUAACAAUUGGAAGCCUGAGCAUUAUAGCCUUCGGAUGGUGCUUGGAUUAUGGUGUUCAUCUUGCUGCCCCAACUACCAUUCUGUUCAUUAUGGGUCUUUCUCUGACUGGGUCUUUUAAUACUGUCAGCACGCUUCUGGUCGAUUUAUAUCCCACCCAAGCCGCCAAAGCUACCGCUGCGAAUAAUUUCGGUCGGUGUCUACUUGGAGCUGGUGCUACAGCUGUUAUCGAUCUCAUGUUAUCAGCCAUGGGCCGUGGCUGGUGCUUUACAUUUGUUGCUCUUGUGAUGUUGUGCACAGCACCGCUGCUUCUGGUGGUCAUUUCCAAAGGUCCGCAAUGGCGAGAGGAGCGCCGUUUGAAGGAAUCCACCAGGGCUCUUGGAGCUGAGCCCAGCCAUGAGAUAUCUCAAGAAACCGUCAAGAAUGGUUAA